CGUAAGCAGUAACGCAAAAUCCUAUAUAAGCAAACGCAGCCGCACGUUGAAACCCUAGCUCUCUAGUAAGCCACCACCUUCCUUUCGGUACAAAUUCGUCCAUUUCUCUGUUUAUAAACCCUAACCCCAAACGCCUAACUCAGAGCUCCGCACUCUGCUCAUCACCUCAAAUUUUCUUCCAAUCAGGUUUUAGAAGUUGGAGAAUUUACAAGGUCCCGAAACGAUGUCGGACGAUGAGAGGGAGGAGAAGGAGUUGGAUCUCAGCUCUCCUGAAGUAGUCACCAAAUACAAGAGUGCUGCUGAGAUUGUUAACAAGGCUCUGCAGUUGGUAAUAUCCGAAUGCAAACCGAAAGCUAAGAUUGUGGACCUUUGUGAGAAAGGUGAUUCAUACAUCAGAGAGCAAACUGGUAAUAUGUACAAGAUGAUUUAUGGGUCGUGUUGUUUUUAUAUUUAUUUAGGCAAACUGGUAAUAUGUUAAAAAAAUGUGAAGAAGAAGAUUGAACGAGGUGUUGCCUUUCCAACUUGCAUUUCUGUGAACAACACUGUAUGCCAUUUUUCCCCGCUUGCCAGUGACGAGACAGUGUUGGAAGAAGGAGAUAUUCUCAAGAUUGAUUUGGGUUGUCAUAUUGACGGGUUCAUUGCCAUAGUUGCACAUACUCAUGCUCUUCAAGCAGGGCCUGUUACAGGAAAGGCAGCUGACGUUAUUGCAGCUGCUAAUACUGCAGCUGAGGUUGCCUUAAGGCUUGUAAGGCCAGGAAAAAAGAAUAAAGAUGUAACAGAGGCGAUCCAAAAGGUUGCUGCAGCUUAUGACUGCAAAAUUGUUGAAGGUGUUCUUAGCCAUCAGUUGAAGCAGUUUGUGAUAGAUGGGAACAAGGUCAUAUUAAGUGCAUCCAAUCCAGAUACAAGAGUUGAUGAGGCAGAAUUUGAGGAGAACGAAGUUUAUUCAAUUGAUAUUGUCACAAGCACAGGUGAAGGAAAGCCUAAGCUGUUGGAUGAGAAGCAGACGACUGUCUAUAAGAGAGCUGUUGACAAGAAUUAUCACCUGAAGAUGAAAGCUUCUAGGUUUAUUUUCAGUGAAAUAAGGGAGAAGUUUCCCAUCAUGCCAUUCACUGCUAGAGCUUUGGAAGAGAAAAGGGCUAGGCUGGGUUUACUUGAAUGUGUCAACCACGAGCUUCUGCAGCCAUAUCCUGUUCUUCAUGAGAAACCUGGUGAUAUGGUUGCCCAUAUCAAGUUCACUGUCUUGCUGAUGCCAAAUGGAUCAGAUCGGAUUACAUCUCAUCCUGUACAGGAGCUGCAGCCCACCAAACAAAUAGAUGAUCCUGAAAUCAAAGCCUGGUUGGCUUUGGGGACAAAGACCAAGAAGAAAGGUGGCGGCAAAAAGAAAAAGGGUAAGAAGAGUGACAAGGCUGAGGAGUCUACAGAAGCCGAACCAAUGGAUGCGACAACAAAUGGUGCUGAGUCUCAAGCAUGAGCCCUUGUUUCUUGUUAGCGAUCAGAUUUCAAUUUUGGUUCUUUUCUCUACCCCUGUUGUAUCUGGUUGGAUAUUAAUUUAAUAUAGUGUUCAGACUUUGAUUCCAGCCGGGUUUUCUCUACGUUUCAAAUUCCAGUUCUUGCCGUUUACUUGUGUAUCAUCGAAUUUUGUUGUCGAUUAACAUUAUAUUUAAUUUAUAUAAGAACCUAACAUA